AUGGCCGCAGCGAUUCCCCAGAGGAGUGCAUGCAAAACUGGUGCCUCGAGGGCCUUCGUGUCCUUGUCUCCACGCUCCGGCUCCAUGGGGCCGCUGCCUUUGUCCAGAGUGAUGCCGAGCAUGAGGCCGUGGCAACCGGCGCCUGUAAAAGCGCAAGCGAUGCAGGUGCGGGCGUACAACUUGCGGAGGGUGAUUCCAUGGUUCCGCGUGAGAACGCAAGUUCUCAAACAAGAGAUCAAGAUGCGGACCACGAAGAACCGAAAUCAUGCAGAGGUGCUGAAGCGGUUUCGGUUGACGCGUUUCGGAUGGGAGCGCCGUCGAGCGCAUCUUCGAGAUGGGAAAAAGCGCAGACGGAGUCCGCAACAGAAAAGGAACACCAACAAGAUAGAGUUUGUCCACCGGCACGACAUCCUCAAGAUGAUUCGAACGGCUACGUACUUCAAGUUGCGCAUUCGUGAUUUUCCGAAGGAUCCGAAUCCCAACAUCAAGGAGACUCGAGGAAUAGUGGGCAGCCAUUUCGGCUGA